GCUAUCAUGAGACCAUAUACUAAACUCCUAUAUAUUUGUUUAUGUUCUUUUGUCCGACAGGACUCCAUUUUCUUUCUUCACUUGUAAAACGGUACCUGUGUCAACUUGAUGCUCCAAGAGCUGCAGGAAACUUAAACUUUCGAUUGCCAAUGGCGAAUAGCAGGUUAUUUUCAUUCCUGAUAUUGAUGUUGCUUAGCUUUCAAACCCUUUUAACAGCAAAUGAAGAUCCAUCUUACAAGGACAUACAGGUGGGAGUGAUUCUUGACAUGGAAUCAUGGGUAGGGAAGAUCGUUUAUGGUUGCAUUACUCAGGCUAUCUCUGACUUUUACACUGAAAAUCCUCACUAUAGAACAAGGAUAGUUUUUACGAAGAGGGAUACUCAAGGAGAAACACUGCGUGCGUUAUCUGCUGCUCUGGAUCUUUUGGAGAAUAGUAAAAUGCAAGCGAUAAUAGAAGAUGAAACCACUCAGUUCAAAGGCAUUGCUGCUAUGGUUGAAUCGUUUGAGACCAAGAACGUGAUUGUUCUCUGUGAGGACACUACAGAUGGAAGAGAAAUGGUUGCUUAUAUGUUUAGUGCAUUUCAAGAGAAAGGCAUACAAGUUAAGCAUACAAGCCUAAUUUCGACCUAUGCCAGCAAAGAACAAGUCGGGGAAGAGCUUCACAAGCUUCAAACCAUUCCAGCCAUGGUGUUUGUUGUCCACACACCACCUUCUCUAGCAGCCCAUCUUUUUUCCAUGGCAAAAGAGUUGGGCAUGAUGGAUGAAGGAUACAUGUGGAUCAUAACAAGUAAGACUACCAACUUGUUGGAUUCCAUGGAUGCUGAAGCAAUCAAAUCGAUGCAGGGGGCUGUGGGUUUCAGAUCAUAUUUACCAGCAUCAAGAAAGCUUCACAACUUUUCAUCAAAAUGGAGGAAGGAACAUUAUGCUUUAAACCCUUUUAAGGAGUUUAAGGAGGUAGAUUCUAAUGGGAUAUGGGCAUAUGAUGCAGUUCACGCGCUAGCCACUGCUAUCGAGUCGGUAAAAACUAAAGAAUUUGUUUCAAAAGAGUUGGAUAUAGUUGGCACAUCACUUUUAGAUGAGAUGUUAAGAGUCAACUUCCAAGGUUUAGGUGGUGAAUUCAAGCUUAUGAAUGCGAGAAGCAUCUCAAAAGCCAUGGAAGUUGUAAAUGUGAUUGGUAAGGGUGGUAGGAGGGUAGGGUUCUGGAUGAUGAUGUCUACGAAUGGUGAGUUUGUGAAAGAAAUUGGAAAAUCAAAUUCUUCUUCCAAUCAUGGCCUGGAAAGUAUCAUAUUGCCGGGUGGGUCUGAAACUUCACCAAAGUGUAGGAUGUUACAAGCCAAUGGCAAGAAGCUGAGGAUUCUGGUUCCAGAUUUUGCCACAUUCCCGAAUUUGUUACAGCUGACUGUUGAUCCCAUAACAAAUCUAUCGGGUGUCAGUGGCUUUUGUGGGGAUGUUUUCAGUGCCGCAUUUAAUGCAUUGGAUUAUGGAGUAGGCGUUGAGAUUAUUCAGCUCCCUUAUAAGGAUGGAAUGAGUUAUGAUGACGUAAUCGAAAAAAUCUCUCUUAAAGAAUAUGAUGUUGCUGUUGGGGAUAUAACAAUCACAGCAAAUAGAUCUCUCUAUGUCGACUUCACAUUACCCUUCACUGAUCUUGGAAUCGGGACACUAGUCCACAAUUCCAAGAAAAGCACGUGGAUCUUCUUGGAUCCUCUUAGUGCAGAUCUUUGGAUCACAAGUGCUUGUUUCUUUCUAUUUUUGGGGUUUGUCGUUUGGUUUAUCGAACAUCCUACAAAUGAAGAAUUUCAAGGUUCAGCAAGACAGCAAUUUGGAACAACCCUUUGGUUUUCCUUUUCAACCCUUGUUUAUGCUCACAGGGAGAAACUGCAGAGUAAUCUAUCAAGAUUUGUGGUCACGGUUUGGGUUUUCGUAGUGCUUGUGCUGACAUCAAGUUACACUGCAACUUUGAGUUCACUUUUAACUGUACAACAGAUUGGAAUGAAUCAGAUAUCUAUUGGAUUCCUGGAUGUUUCCCCUUUAGGGGGACUUGUCUUUAACAGAUUGAACUUUGGCGGCCCAAAAAUUGAGAAACUAUAUUCACCUGAUGGCUAUGCUAAAGCAUUAACAAGUGGAAGUGUUGAUGCAAUCAUCAAUGAGAUCCUUUACCUCAAAACAGUUAUUGCAAUGUAUCCUUCUUCUGAUCUCUCCUUGAUCGCAACAGCAUCAACAACUAAUGGUUUUGGCUUUGUGUUCCAAAAAGGUUCACCAUUGGCCGGAGAGAUGUCGACUGAGAUAGCAAAGAUGCGUCAAGACGGGACAUUGAAAACUUUAGAGGAUAAAUGGUUAAAACAUGAAUCUGCACAUGUGGUGAUCCCAAAGGAUUUUUCUUCCCCUUCACCAAAAAUCCUAAAUCUUUAUGGGUUUCGGGGUCUCUUUCUUAUAAGUGGUGGGACGAUGGCAUGUUCCCUUUUGGUGUCCAUUGUUCAUCUUUUUUGUGAAAAGUUACAUGUCAAAAUUAAGAUGCAUAUAUUGAGGUACAUCUUAAGAUCCAAAAUAGCAGGACUUAUUUGUUGA